AUGAUUCGGCGACGGACCCUCAACAUCCUCCUCUCCCUCCUCGCCGCUGUCCUCGUCGGCACCGUCGUCGUCCUCUCUUCUAUAUCUUAUUACCUCUCUAUCGACCUUCCGGCAUACAUAACCGAGGAUGAGGUCUCCCGCGUGCUCAACAACUCCCUACCCGUCCUACCGGAGCGCAUCCCUCGUAUCAUUCACCAGACAUGGAAGUCGGAGACACUGCCCCCUCGCUGGGCCAACAUCUCGCAGGAGUGUCGCGACAUGAACCCCGGCUACGAGUACAUCUUGUGGACAGACGCUAGUGCUCGCGAGUUCAUCGCCCAGCACUAUAGCUGGUACCUCGAUACCUUUGACGGCUACAAGUAUCCUAUCCAGCGUGCCGACGCCAUCCGCUACUUCGUGCUCUACCACUACGGAGGCAUCUACAUCGACCUCGACAUUGGUUGUCUUCGCCCUCUGGCCCCUCUCUUGGUCCACCCCGUCAUCCUCCCCAAGACAAUUCCCGUCGGCGUUUCUAACGACCUCAUGUUCGCCGAAAAGGGGCAUCCGUUUAUGGCGCAGACGAUCCACAGCAUCAUGAACUUCGACUAUGACUGGGUGUUGAACUACCCUACCGUCAUGUUCUCUACCGGCCCCAUGUUCCUGUCUGCCCAAUACGGCGCGUACAACGCCGACCUGGACAUGCCCGCUGGUGAAGUUCGCAUCCUGCCGAAGUCUCUUUACGGCAAGAACGCGAAGCCGGACGAAGCCCCCCAUUCGUUCUUCGCCCACUACUAUGGCAGCAGUUGGCACGCAGACGACGCCGCUUUCAUUGGCUUCCUCGGGACGUGGGGCAAGGGUCUGAUGUGGAUAGGCCUGGUCGUGCUCAUCGGUGGCGUGAUACGUCUAGCAUUCGCGCCCAAGAGAAGGCGUCUUCCGCGCAUUGGCGGUUACGAGGUCAUGAUGCCCCGCUGGACACAGAGGAACAACAGAUGGUAUCUCGACCUCGGAUGGUUCGCGCUUCCUGCCUCCGGCAUUACGACAACACCGCCCUCCCCUAUCGCGCUCACCAGCGAGUCUGUUUCCGACGAAGAAGAUGUGCAGCUACUUCCGUUGUACGACUCACGGUCAACUUCCCCAACGCCCUCCGACCUCUCGAUUGCUACCGACGGCACCUUGACGCCUCACGCUCCCACCGGUGGAUCGAUGAUGGACCGUAUGCGGCGAGCGGGUCACAACUUUCUAGGCUCAGUCUUCGACAUGGACGACUCGGACCCACCGUCGACGCCCUCACGCUCUCGCCGGCGUCGACUGCGCUCGCGCGGCGUCUUGUUCUUCUUCCCUGCCUUCCUCACACCAGACUCGACAGACCCCGUUCCUCCAUUACCCUUCUCGCCACACGCCCGCAGCUCGUCCUACUCCCGUGUGCACCCCGUGGCCCUCCCCACACCACCAUUCCCGCCAGAAAAGCAGGCUUACGCAGCCAGCUUACAGCGUGCGGGGCUCCUGCCUGUCGAGGAUCCUACGGAAGCGCACGCGGGGGGCUCCUCCGAAAGCUCGUCAUCACGCGCCUGCUAGUGCACGUUCUGUCCGGGAUCGCGGCGCGUCAGGCACCGUGGAGGGCCGGAUGGGGCGUGGGUGGACGGAUGCGGAUACGCUUGGAGUCGAUGCUAUCAUGCCUUCGGCGCGGACCAUCUGUGCCUGUCGAGGCUCAAGGGAAAAUAGGACUGUUGCGUUCCGGAAGACGUCGGCCGGACAUUUGCGCGCCCGGCAGGGUAUUCUGGGAGCAGACAGGGAAAACAUGCACGAAUAACCUCUCCGAGAAGAGAGGCAAGAAGACCAAUACUCCGUGUGUGCAGGAGGCGCACGGACGUAGCUAUACCACUUCCUCCUUGAUUCACAUUCGCCCGCUGUGCACGCGCGGGGCGGGAUGGAGCUAUGGGGGCCUCGAGGAUGUACACGCGUCCUGGACCCCCUGGCCCCUGUGCCUGCGUUGCUGUCGUCAACAUGCUGCAGGUCGCGCGCGCCGUGGCCCCGCGCGGCGCGGCAUAUUUAUCCCACGCACAUUCGUUUCGACCAGAUACCACCGCCGCCGCCUGCGUACCGUACCCCCGUUAGGCUGCCUGCCCUCCCGCGCCAGACAUUCCGAGCCGUCGUCAUCACCCAUACGUACACCACAGGUACCAGUACGCCUUCCGUACACACCCUACGUAUUCUCUGAUCAGGCCUCCGGAAACCGCGGGCGCAGCUUUUGCUAGUUACUAGAAGCCUUCUAUAGUCUAAUACACACAUAGAUUCACAAUAUACGCACAUUAACCGCC